CCUCGCUGUGAUUGGCCGCGCGGUGCUGCAUGGCCGCCUCGCGACUGUCAAGGAGCACAAGACGGCCGUUUGCCCGUUUCGUCAAGAGCUGCGACAAAGCAACAAUAACAACAAACAGGAAUACCCGUCGGACUUAUUUUAUUCGAUUUUUUUUUUGGGGGGUCAGCGAUAGGGCGAACAUGGACGUCGACGAAGAUAUCACGCGCUGACUGAGCGGGUCAUGUCGUGUCGUCUGCCGCCGGGGGGGACCGGGCCGCUUCCGUGACGAAGAGGAUGAAGAGAGAAAAGCGAUUUAACGUCUUAAAACGCCAUCUUGUUACGGCACUAUCAAGAAGAUUCAGCAGAGGGAUUUUCAAAUGAAAAUGGAGGAUAUGGCCCUGUCAGGCCCAGACAACAACAGGCUGGAGGGCUUGGUCCACGACAUCUACUCUGAGCUGGUGGAGGACGCCUGCCUGGGCCUUUGCUUUGAGGUACAUCGUGCCGUCAAGCUCGGCUACUUCUUCCUGGAUGACACCGACCCAGAGAGCGCCAAGGAAUUUGAGAUUGUGGACCAGCCAGGACUGGACAUCUUCGGCCAGGUCUACAACCAGUGGAAGAACAAGGAGUGCGAGUGUCCCAACUGCAAGCGGCUGAUCGCGGCGUCUCGUUUCGCGCCACACCUGGAGAAGUGUCUGGGCAUGGGACGCAACAGCAGCCGCAUCGCCAGCCGCAGGCUGGCCAGCAACAACAACAAUGUGAGCAAGUCGGAGAGCGACCAGGAAGACAAUGACGACCUUAACGACAACGACUGGUCGUAUGGUGCAGAGAAGAAAUCCAAGAAAAGAAAAUCAGAUAAGAAUCAAAAUUCCCCGCGACGAUCCAAAUCACUAAAGCACAAAAAUGGUGAUCUGGGCAGCAAUGUCACUUCAGAAGCGUUCAAGUUCAACAACUACGGCAACGCCGGCAUUAAUUACGAAACUCUGGGGCCCGAGGAAGUCCGGUCGCUCUUGACCACGCAAUGUGGGGUAAUCUCGGAACACACCAAGAAGAUGUGCACCAGGUCCCAGCGCUGUCCCCAGCACACGGACGAGCAGAGGAGGAGCGUCAGGGUGUUCCUCCUGGGGCCGUCCGCGUCGUCCCUGCCCGACGCCACAGCGGAGAGCGACGCGUUUGAGCUCCAAGGGGACGGCGGCGGGGCUCAGAACCUCAUCAGCCGCCUGCAGUGGGAGGACUCGCCGGAGAUUUCACCCACUGACUCGGCCUCGUCCAGAGCCAGCACCAACCAUUCGGACGCUCGCAGGCCGAAGAAAAAGAAGCGAACCACGCUGGCUUUGAACAGCACGGCGGGAGGCGGCGGCGAAGGAACGAGCGGAAGUCUGACAAGUGGCGGCAAUGGCGGCGUCUCACACAUGAACAUGAACUUGGCCGCUAAGAAAAAGCGUCCCAAACUUCCUGCUCCUCCAUCUAUUUCCAGUAUUUACGACAACUUGAACUAGCACCGGAGGACAUUUUACCCCACGUCUCUGUCGACUUGAGAGGAUGAGCCGGUUGGGAUGAUGCGUUCAGGUGCAGCAACAAUCUCUCUCUCUCACACAUUCCUCAGCUCUCUCGACUGCUGUGCGUAUUUCAGGUGACUUCUGUGUAAUAUAUUUCCUCAAAUAGUGGUCUCCACUAAAUGCUAUACCCCAAAACUCAUCUGAUACAGUACCCCAAAAGACAAAUGCUUCCCAUCCAAUAAAUGGCAUACGCCAAGGACAAACACAAAUAAAUGCCAGACCCCAAAAGGUAAAAAGACCCCUCCUCCGUAGGCCCCACACCCUCAAAAUUCAAAUAACCCCUCGACCCAACAGACAUUGUACCCUGAGACGGAUGAAAAAGACAAACGUCUCCCUCCAACUGAUGCCCGAGCAGAAAAGAACAAAUUGACCUCUGCCUCGAAUAGACGCAAUAACACAAAAGGUAGACAAACGUAUUCCUCCAAUUACGGGUUGACCCCGAAAGACAAAGAUCUUCUUCCAGUUGAUGCCAAACCUCCAACGACAAAUAGACAACGUACCCAGAGAACUUUUUGUCAUAGAUCUUGUACCCCAAAACAAAGAGCUUUCCUCAAAAUAGAGGCCUCCACAAUAGUUGCCGUGCCCCGAAAGACAAAUGGAAGUCAUAUUUCAAAAGAUAAAUAAAACAAUGCAUCCUGGAAGAAAAAAACGCCUUCCUCCAAUACAAGACACACCCCAAAAAAGGCACAUAGGAUCUCCCUUGAGUCGCCACCACACCCCAAAAAGACUUGACACGGGGUCGCGCCACGGUGUAUUGCUGCCCGCUAUUUGUCAAAAUAUGCUCCUUUUGUAUAUUGUGCGGCAUAUAUUUUGAGUUUCGUCAAGAUGAUUGUGACCUGAUUAUUUGAUGUAAAGGAUCCGAAUGGUGAUGUGUUAUUGUUCUUGUUUACCACACGUGCACACACCUCAUAUUUGCACAUUUAACUGUAGUAGCGGUGGUGGUGGUUGUCGACGUGGACAAGGUAAACUCACAUUUUAAAUAUAUGUAUAUUUUUAUAGUCCUGUGAGGUUUUGUUGUUUUUUUCUGGUGAUGUGAGCUCUGAAAUAUCAAACGGAGAAAAAAGCCUUACGGCCGCCGUUCUGUGUUACUGUCUGUAAAUAAACAAAUACUGUGGA